AAUUCGACCAGAAAAGGGGCCUUUUGCCCACCGGGGGAGCUCAACUGCACAGGGGUUUUUAAGGAGCACCUCUCAACCUCCAGGAACUAUAAACUUGAUAAUGUGCCCGGCCAUGGGCCAACCCACCUGCCCUUCCACCCGGAGCCACCGCAUCCCGUUUCCGACCAUACGCACCACAUCAUCGGCACGGUCAUCCUCAUGGUGGGCAUCACGGGCAUGCUGGGUAACGCUCUGGUCAUCUAUGCCUUCUGCCGCAGCCGCACCCUCCACACACCGGGCAACCUGUUCGUGGUCAACCUGGCCGUCGCCGACUUCUUUACGUCGCUGACCCAGUCCCCCGUCUUCUUCGUGGCCUCGCUGCACCGCCGCUGGGUGUUCGGCGAGCGCGCCUGUGAGCUCUGUGCCUUCUGCGGCGCCCUCUUCGGCAUGUUCUCCAUGAUGACGCUGACAGCCAUCGCCGUUGACCGCUGCCUGGCCAUCACCGGGCCGCUGGCCUCGCUGGGCAGCAUGAACCGGCGGUGGGUCAUAGUCAUGUUGAUAGCCUGUUGGCUCUGGAGCCUGGGCCUGGGGUGGAGCCUGGGGUGGAGCCUGGGGUGGAGCGCCUACGUGCCCGAGGGCCUGCAGACGUCGUGCAGCUGGGACUACACCAUCUUCCUCUUCACCUUCGUCUUCUUAAUCCCGCUAGGGGUGAUCGGCGGCUGCUACAUAGCCAUCUUACGCGCCAUCCGCCGGGCAGGCCGAGAUGUGCGGUGGCUGGACUGCGGCGAGAAGUACAAGGCGUAUGAGCGGCUGUGCGGCGAGUGGCGCAUGGCCAAAGUGGCGCUGGUGGUCAUCCUGCUCUUCGUCGUGUCUUGGUCCCCCUACUCGGUGGUGGCGCUGGUCGCCACGGCAGGCUAUGCCCACCUGCUGACGCCCUACAUGAACUCAGUGCCCGACAUCAUCGCCAAGGCCUCGGCCAUCCACAACCCCAUCAUCUACGCCAUCACGCACCCCAAGUACCGCAUCGCAAUCGCCCGCUACGUGCCCGCGCUACGCUCGCUGCUGCGUGUGGGCGACAAGGACCUGCGUUCAUCCUUCAGCUCCAACAGUGACGCCUCCCUUAGCUCUCGACGGCCCACCCUCACCAGCCAGUGCACCCUGGGUACGGGUGUGGGUGCGGGAGCGGGCAUGGUCGCCGGUGCACGUGCCAACGAACGCCUCUCGUCAGCCUCCGACACAGACUCGUGCUGGAUUGAGAGUGAGGCCAACGGCUCCAGCAUCAACUCACUGCCCUUCGACCGACGUGUCUCCACGGAGAUCGCCACAGAUACGGUCAUCCCCAAUCAGCAGUCAGCAGGCGUGGUAGCCGGGCAUAAAGCGGGAGUGUUGUCUGACAGCCUCAGGGUUAGCAGCAUUUCAAGCACCUCAAUGGUGUUUGAAGGAGAUGUGCUUGAUGCAGGCCCAUCUGAUGGUAAUGAUCUCCUGCUCCCUGGUAACUGA